AUGUUAAUAGUAUGGUUGGUGGACAAUAUUCAUUUGGCUUCAAUUUUCAAGAAAUGGAUGGCGAAGCACCGGCAAAUUUGCUUUUGUAACGCGAUUUUUCAAUGUAUACUUCUUGGGCAAGACUUUGACCCAUUUCAGCUGAGUUUGAUACAUCCUUCGCUGAUCGUGGCUACCUGUGGAGAACUACGAAAUGUUCCAACUGCGGACAAAUGUUCGGAUUGUACCGACGCUUUCAACUCGGCCUAG